AUGUUUCGCACCUUAAUUGUUCGUGCGGCGGAACGGCGCACGCCGAUGAUAAAGUUUCCCGUUCGCAGCAACACACCAACGGAUUCACACCUGCCGCAUGCGCAUCCCGACGCGCCGCCCGAAGUGAAGGCCAGCUUUGCCAAGUUCCGCGAGUUCCGCGAUAAGGGCCCCCACUUUGAUCCUGAACGCUUGCAGCCAUUUGGCCGCGACGUGGAAAGUGCAUCGGGCACCACGGGGGAUGCCGUGGACGAUAUCACCCAACUGUCACCUAGGUUUUGGAAUACACCGGCGCUUCGCCUGGGUCAGCAGGAGAUGGAUGCCAUUACGUCUGGCGGCGCUACAUUGUUUGACUAA